GAGUUAGAUGUGGCCCUUGUGGCUAAAGGGGAUCAGGGGGUAUGGAGAGAAGGCAGGGACGGGAUACUGAGUUGGAUGAUCAGCCAUGAUCAUAUUGAAUGGCGAAUGGUGCAGGCUCGAAGGGCCGAAUGGCCUCUACUCCUGCACCUAAUUUCUAUGUUUCUAUGUUUCUACGACGUGGACAAGCUUUUCCCACUGAGAGUAGGGAAGAUUCAAACAAGAGGUUCAGACAUGACUUGAGAAUUAAGGGAGGGGUAACAUGAGGGGGAACCUCUUUACUCAGAGAGUGGUGGCUGUGUGUGGAAUGAGCUUCCAGUGGAAGUGGUGGAGGCAGGUUCCAAGUUUGAUUCUAUCAUUUAAAAAUAAAUUGGAUAGGUAUAUGGACGGGAAGGGAAUGGAGGGUUAUGGUCUGAGUGCAGGUGGAUGGGAUAGUAAGUGUUCGGUAAGGACUAGAAGGGCCGAGUGGCCUGUUUCUGUGCUGUAAUGGGUAUAUGGAUGUGUAUGUGUGUAGACCAGCCGUGAAUUAGUUAACGGGGAUGGGAUUGCAAGCCAGCCAGCAGGCAAAGGGGAAGUUCCAUGUUCUUGGUGAUGGUGGGAAAGUAUUCCAGGAGUUGUUUACUGUAACUAGGGAGAGAGAGAGGGGAGGUGGGGACAGAGGGCCAAUGCUAAAGGGGAGGAGGAAGAAUUUACUCAGCAGAGGAGCUUCCUGUCUGCGGAGGAGCAUAAAAGGGCCGGCAGGAGAGAGAGAGAGAGACAGAGACAGCGAGAGAGGGAAGGAGGGAGACAGAGGCAUCGUAACGCUGGUGGAAGUAGCAUCUGAGUCCGCUGCAGACUGACAGACAGACAGACUGACAGACAGCGCUGAGAAGUACCAAGACUGACUCUACGUUCCCCAGCGACCAUGACAUACAACGGGACGACCAUCCUGGGCCUGGCCACCCUCCUGGCGUUGGGCGCCAACUUCGCCGCCGCCAACACGGGCAACUCCGCCGCCGACACCGACACCGUGGCGCAGCUCGGCGCCGCCUUCGGUCUCCGCGCCUUCCGGGAAAUCGCCCGCUCCUCCCCCGACUGCAACGUGCUCUUCUCCCCGCACGGGCUGGCGGCGCUGAUGGGGAUGGCGCAGCUGGGAGCGGCCGACGGCACGCUCCGCCAACUCACGCACGCCAUGGGCUACGGGCUGGAAGAUAAAGGCGUGAUGUUGGCCCUGAAGCAUCUCCAGAAAGAAGUCACUGCCAACAGCAACCAGGACAUCGCAAGCACUGCCAACGCUGUCUUCAUCCAGAGGAACAUGAAGCUCCCAAGGGCCUACGUGAAGAAUUACCGCAAGGCCUUCAACAGCCGCCCAAAACAGCUGUUCUUCCAGGACAGCGCUAAAGCCGCCAGUAUCAUCAACAAAUGGGUCGAGGCACAAACUCGAGGAAUGAUAUCCAACUUUCUCCGCCCGGACCUGCUGGAUCCACUUCUGACCCGCAUGGUCUUGGUCAAUGCCAUCUACUUUAAGGGACUGUGGAAAAUGCCCUUCGACCCGGAAGACACACACCAUCGCACGUUCUACAAAGCUGACGGGACCCAGAUCCAGGUCCCCAUGAUGUCACAGAUCACCAAACUGAAUUUUAGUGAGAUGGUCACGGCCAGCGGCAUGGAUUACGACGUCAUAGAGUUGCCCUACCACGGCGAGACUUUCAGCAUGUUCAUCGUGGCGCCAUAUCGGAAGACGGACGCGCUGAGCGCCCUGACGGACAUCGUCUCUGUUGAGCUGGUCAACGAGUGGAAGAACAGCCUGACCCUGGGCAAACGCCAACUGGUGCUGCCUAAAUUUUCCUUGGAAAACGAGAUCGAUCUCCGAAUACCGCUGGCCCGCUUGGGGAUAACGGACAUGUUCGAUAGCUCGAAGGCCGACUUCACAAAGAUCAGCAAAACACAAGACCUCUUCGUGUCCCAGGCUCUGCAGAAGGUGAAGAUCGAAGUGGAUGAGCGUGGAACGAAGGCUUCUGCCGCCACUGCCGCCAUUAUGUACGGGCGAAUGGCAAUGGAAACGGUUAUCAUCGACAGGCCCUUCUUGUUCUUGGUUCGACAUAACCCUACAGGCACUAUUCUAUUCAUGGGACAAGUUAUGGAACCCUAGAACUAUCGCUGAGAGGAGGCAAUAUGCCGAUAUCAUAUUUGAGAAACUGCGGACAAACACUGGAAUCGAACUGGCGAAACUAUCAGGGGGAGGACUUGAACUCAAUCGAUGGCUGAUCUGGACUUCCCCAACAUCGGGAACAAUCUUCCUGCAUCUAGCCCCGUCCAACCCCUUAAGAAUUUUGUACGUUUCUAUAAGAUCCCCCCCCCUCAAUCUUCUA